AGCCCCGUGCAUUUCACGCCGCCACUGAUGAAAUGUCUACGCAUAAGGAAGUAUAUCUUAAAACAUAACUUUUGCAGGCCUCCUUCCUGUUUGUUACAACGUUAGGAUCUACAUAUAUACAGUCUGCGUAAAUAAACCACUUUAGUUCAGAAACUUGCAAAUAUGACUUUCAGCGCGCCUCUCCAGGAUUUCAAGAACAUGUAUAGGUGUUGCUGCUGUCACGUUAGGACAGCCACUAUCGUUCUGGCUAUUUACUGGAUGGUUUUAUGUGCUUCGGCACUGAUUUUUGAAAUUGUGGUCAUUACCAAUGGCAGUGGAUUUUGUAAGUAUUUUCAGAGUGAUUUUAAAUCUGCUGAUCUUCCAAUAUCACUCUUGGUUGCAUUCACAAUGUUCCUCAUUGGUGUAUGUCUUCUCUAUGGAGCACUUAAGCACAGAGAAGUCUUCCUGAUCCCAUUCCUGGUUAUGCAGAUUUUGGACAUUUGUCUCGCUGUCUGGGCUGUCUUUUGUUCUUAUGUGGAUAUCCCUGCACAGCUGAAUUAUAAGUAUUCCAUGAUUUACAUGAUUUCUGCUGAUGGUGCUGCCCUUGGUUUGUCUACCAAGAAAGUGAUUAUCCUCACAGUUGUGGAAGUACUUCUACUUAUUUUUAAGGUUUACCUGAUUGAUUGUGUAUGGACCUGCUACAAAUACAUAAAGGCUCGCAAUCAAGCUGACGUUAGAAUGUACCCAGUUUUUGAAAUGUCCGAUAAGGUCAUGCUGCCAACAUAUGAUGAAGCCAUUAAGUUGCCAACCAAACAGGCACCUCCUCCUGCUUAUACAGAAGCUUAAUUUACCAACCCUGUUGAAGCAGCAGCAUUAACUUUAUUGGCUUUUCUACUCGUUUUUGCUAAUGACAUUUUGAGAGACCAUCUUCUGGAUCUUGAUUUGCAGCACUGAUUCAAAAUAUGUUAAGGGAGAUAUAAAAAUUUAACUGCAAAUAUAAUGAUCUUGUUGAAUCUUUUUGUCCUCUUUAGUUUGCAGUGUGAGAUUUGGUAUGUUUCACGUUGGCAUGGCCACAUGCAGAGUGUUUUUUGGAAGGAAGAAAGUAUUUGCUUCUGUAGAUGAGCUUUUAAAAUUAGAAAUAGCUAAUAAUAAUUUUUCAGAAUUUGUGUCCUGUCUGAUAUCUACUUGCAUUUACCAUUUGUAACACUUGGCAAAAAAUAUUUUAACUUAACAGCUUUUCUGCCCUGUUUGGUUAAUUUACUGAAAUGCUGGUAUAUUUGGUUACAGAGUGAAUUUGCUCUAGACAAUCUUUAUGUAGCUUAUCUCCCUGUUUUAUCAUGUUCUUGCUUUCCUGGGCCAUGCCUGCAGACCAGUUAAAACUUACUUGUAAGUGUAUCUGUUUUAACAAACCAGCAGUAGUAAAUGAUGCAUUAUGUUAAUAAUAAUGUCACAUUCACUUUUGUGCAUACUCUGCUGUGAGCUGUAAUGAGAUACUUAAAUGUGCUUUUUCAGAAAAGUGUUCAGAACACAAACACCAUCAUCACCAUCACUCCUCAUUGUACCAGCGGCCUGUGUGGUACUAUUUGGAGCAAUUGCCUGUUUAUAGAUACAUUUUUUUUCCUGGACUGGCUCCAGUGAUGUGAUAUGUCAGCAGAGUUGUUGGUGAAUAUUUUCAAAACUGCUUUCCAAAAUCAGGUAUGAUAUUGAGUAAGUGGGGUGAAGUAAUCUAUGUUUUUAAAAACUACUUCAGCCUGUUCUGUUGUGCCUUGUCUGUGCUGUUUCCAGAAAAUUCAGCAUUUGAGUAUGUUUAGGAGGAAAAAAACUCAUGGGCAUACUGUUUUAACAAAAUGUUUUCUGUGAGCUACUUUUGCAAAGCAGCAGCAUUUUUCCUGUUUGUCUUUUGCAGAUUGAUUGUAUAACAGAGUACUACAUUGAGAUUUAGCAGCAUUGUAAAGUUUUAAUGGCUGUAAACUUUUCUAUCCACAUUUUCUUUUUCCAUGUGUAAAAAAAAAAAAACUGUAGCUUCCAUUGUAUUGGGUGACAGAAAUGUAUCCGUUCAUUGCAUUACAUUUUUCAGGUUGCAUCUGAAAAAUAUUCUUCUGGAUGGCUCAUUGUUUUGGAUGUUUCAGUGUUUGGAAAAAAAGUUUUUUAAAUGAAGGAAAGUAUGCUGAUUAAAUCUCAGUAGUGAAAGAUUGUUUGUUGCUUCAUGCAUAUUGUCACGCAUAGUUUAAUUCUGCAUCUUUUGUUUCUACGAAGUAUUCAUGAGAGUUCAAAUUUUUCUGUGCCUUAAAUCUUUUAAAAUAAUAAAUAUAGCAACAUUU